AUGUCGCUCAAACCACGGGGUCUUCACUUUGGUGCCGGGAACAUCGGGCGCGGAUUUAUCGCCCCGUUACUGCUAAGAUCGGGCUACCACGUUGUCUUCGCGGAUGUGGACAAAGAUCUCAUCGACACAAUCAACCGCGAUAAAUCCUAUGACGUCCACAUUCUGGACUCAACCACUGAAGGAGCUGACAAUGUGGAGGAGGUUAACCGAGUUAAAGGGGUUCUUGCAACAACAGACGACAUUCUGAGCGAGCUGGCGCAUCCUAAAUUGAAGCUUAUCACCACUGCUGUUGGACCUCCCGUUCUGGCCAAAAUUGCACCUACUAUUGCGAAGGGAAUCAAAGCUCGUAGGGAAGCGGGGGCUGGUGUAAUCAAUAUUGUCGCGUGCGAGAAUGCCAUCGGCGCCACCACUCAACUGGAAGAGCAUAUCCAUAAACAUCUCGAAGAAGAGGACAAACACUACAUUUCCGUCCACGUGGGCUUCGCGAACUGCUCAGUCGACCGCAUCGUCCCACCAUUCGACCCACAUUCUCAUGAUGGCCCCACGGAGUCAGUCCUAGAUGUUGGUGUUGAAAACUUCUUUGAAUGGGUCGUGGAUGCAAAGCCACUCAAGCCAAACUCCGGGCUCGAGGUACCGAUAAAGGGUAUGACGCUUACAGAGCAUCUUCCCGCGUAUAACGAGCGCAAACUGUUCACGCUGAACUGCGGACAUGCUGUCACCGCCUACCUUGGGCACUUGAAAGGGCACACCACCAUCGCAGACAGCAUUGCCGACCCCGAAAUCUUGUCCAUCGUUCAAGGCGCUCUCCACAACGAAAGCGGGAAAGCCUUGUGCAAGCGUCACUCUCAGUUCGAAGAGUCCCAGCACAAAGAGUACAUUAACACGAUUCUCCGUCGCUUUGCGAACGAGGCUGUCAAGGACGAUGUGGUCAGGGUUGGCCGACAACCGCUUCGGAAGCUGGGGAAGGAUGACCGGCUUGUGGGUCCGACGCGCCUAUGUGUGGAAUACGGUAUCGUGCCAGCCCAGAAUUUGGCGAUGGGCAUUGCUGCAGCUUUGCGGUAUUCCAAUGACGACGACGAGCAGAGUGUCGAAAUGCAGAGCAAAUUACGAGAUCUGGGUGUCGAGGCUUAUAUUACCGAGCUCACGGGCUGGCAGAAGGAGGAGGAUGCAACGAAGAGUGUGGUCGAGGCGUAUCACAAAUUAGAACGCUGGAUAAACAUGCCUAAUUAG